AUGCGGGCAGCCCUCGGGGUCCCCCCACCCUCUCGGUUGAAAGUGGAGCCUAGGCGGGUUCCUCACCGCCCAGGGAGCGCGCAGCAGCCAGAACCCUUUGUUCGUUUGACUGCAAGGCUGCCAGGACCCGGCUCGGAGCGCGCGGCUGCCAGGACCUGGAAUCAGAACUCGGAACGCACCGCUGCCAGGACCCGGCUCGGAGCGCGCGGCUGCCAGGACCUGGAAUCAGAACUCGGAACGCACCGCUGCCAGGACCCGGCUCGGAGCGCGCGGCCUCCAAGACCCGCCCCGCGCGCGUUCCCGGCGUUGCUUCCGCCGUCGCUUGCAGUCCGGGUCUCGCUCCGGGUCUGCGGCCGCUGCCCGCCGCCCCUCGCCUGUGCUGUGUCGCGCCGACGGCGACCCGCUGUGCGCCGAGUGUCGCAUGGCCGCUGGCCCCGCGCCGCCCGAGUGGGAGCCGCGCUGGAGGAGGGCGCUGCGCGGCAAGGAGAACAAGGGAUCUGUGGAAAUCAUGAGAAAGGACUUAAACGAUGCCCGGGACCUGCAUGGCCAGGCAGAGUCUGCAGCUGCUGUGUGGAAGGGACACGUGAUGGACCGAAGGAAGAAGGCCCUGACUGACUACAGGAAGCUUCGGGCCUUCUUUGCAGAGGAGGAGGAGCACUUCCUGCAAGAGGCUGGGAAGGAGGAAGGUGCCCUGGAGGAUGAGCCUGCUGACCCCGCUGAGCGGUUCCGGUCUCUGCUGCAGGCUGUGUUGGAGCUGGAGAAGAAACACCGUAGCCUGGGCCUGAGCAUGCUGCUGCAGGUGCCGAGGGUCCUCCGAGACUAGAGGGAGAGGAGGUCCCCGUCCUCCCACCUAAGAAGCGGGCUAAGCUGGAACGACAGAUCUUUGGCUUCCAACUUGCAGAGGCGAUAUGGUGACAAGAACACUGCUGUCUUCUAGCUGUGCUGGUCAGAGUGCGCAGGGCCGUAUGCAAAUGAAGUGACUUUCCAGACCUUGUCUGAUUGGACUAAGCCUUCCGCAGAGUAGCCAAUGAGAAUCCUGAGUUGCUGAGCGCCUUCGGCCUUUGGUAGGCGCAGUAUCUGCUGCUGGAUAUAAAGGCUUUGUGACAAGUCGUGUUGGAUGUGAAGGCAGGUUCUCACAAUCCAAAUCAGAGCGGUUUUGCUCUCCCCCUGCCCCUUAACCAUGCCGGCCGCGGCUCUCACCGAGGAAGGGUGCUCGGAAGAGGCAGGCUUGAUCGCCGCGCGCAAGGCUGCAGUACUUGAUGGCAGAGCGCUGGCGGGCGAUUUUGAUCAUACCGUGCAGCCUGCAGCAGGCCACCCACGCGCAAUGACGAGGAGGUUGCGUUGGCCGCUGUCUCAACAUCCUGGCCGCCCGCAGAAGAACCACCACAAAGUCUCGCUUGGCAAUUGAGGCCCUGGGGCCCUUUGAUGGUUACCAAAUAAAUAAUCAAGAGGGGCGCUGCUGAUGCGCCUCGUUUCUUC